AUGAGAGAAGAAACUAGAAGAUGCUUGCAGUCUUUAGAAACAGAAAGGCAAGUCCAGAAAGGAACUGUGGCUUUAGAAGUAGCCUGCUGUCAUUUUGCAAUCUUAAACUCUUACUUACCUGUUGAAAGUCUGACGGAGGACAAAGUCCUGAUGGAGAAGAGAAAGCUGUUAAUCCGUUCUUUGGGUGAAGGUACAAUAAAUGGCUUACUGGGUGAAUUAUUCGAGACAAGGGUGCUGAGCCAGGAAGAGAUAGAGAUAGUAAAAUGUAAAAAUGCUACAGUUAUGGAUAAGGCCCGAGCUUUGCUUGACUCUGUUAUUCGGGAAGGGGCUCCAGCAUGCCAAAUUUGUGUCACAUACAUUUGUGAAGAAGACAGUCACCUGUCAGGGAUGCUGAGACUCUCAGCAGGUCCAACAUCUGGAAAUCACCUUACUACAGAAGAUUCUCAACUAGUACUUCCUUCCUUUCCAGCUCCUCAGGCAGUGCCAGUGUGGGGCAACCCUGCUAUGCCUACAUCCUCAGGCUCAGAAGGAAGUGUCAAACUUUGUUCCCUAGACGAAGCUAAAAGGAUUUGGAAAGAAAAGUCGACAGAGAUUUAUCCAAUAAUGGACAAGUCAAGCCGCACACGUCUUACUCUCAUUAUCUGCAACGAAGAAUUUGACAGUCUUUCUAAAAGAGUGGGAGCUGAGGUGGACAUCAUAGGCAUGGCAAUGUUGCUACAAAAUCUGGGGUACAAGGUGGAUGUGAAAAGAAAUCUCACUGCUUCAGUAAGAGUCAUUCAGCACGAGCCUGAAAAAGAUUCAGUGCAGGCCUCUGAAAAUAUAUCUUUACCAACUCCAGGAGAUUUUGAGGAUGAUGCUAUUAAGAAAGCCCACAUAGAAAAGGAUUUUAUUGCUUUCUACUCUUCCACAUCAGAUAAUGUUUGUUGGAGACAUCCGCAAAGCGCUGUUUUUAUUAUGAGACUGAUUGAACAUCUUCAAGAAUAUGCCCGUUCUUGUGAUGUGGAGGAAAUUUUCCACAAGGUUCAACUUUCAUUUGAGCAGCCAGAUGAUAAAGCACAGAUGCCCAGCACUGAAAGGGUUACUUCAGCAAGAUGUUUCUACCUCUUCCCAGGACAUUAA